CUUUUUCGAAUCGUGGUCAUCGACAAUUCGAAUCGGUAGACUGGAAGCAGAAACCAAGCUAUGAGAUCGGCUAUCAUCAUCACAUUGGCACUAGUGGCCGUGGCAGCGGCUGCCAAUGUUCACAAAGCCAAGCGGCAUGGGGAAAUCAACCCAUUGCUCGUACAGCAGAUACUGACGAAGCGCCCGAUAGCACCGCCAGCAUCCGGCAAAUCCAACCCAAGUGGACGGUUGGUGGUGGAGAAUUUCUUCACCACACGUGUGGACCACUUCAACGCACAAAACACGGACGAAUGGACCCUCCAGUACUACUCGGCCCCGGAUAAUUACCGCGAGGGUGGUCCGAUUCUCAUUUUCUUGAGUGGUAACCUUCCCAUUCGUACCGACAUGGUGGACGAUUCCUCGCUAAUGUACGAAUUGGGCAGGGAACUGCAUGGUGCCGUUUAUGCCUUCGAAUCUCGAUUCUUCGGUCAGAGUUGGGUGACCAAUGACGUGAGCACUGAGAAUCUGCACCUACUGAAUAGCGACCAAAUUCUGGCGGACUUGGCCGAGUUCGUUCAGUACUUGAAGGGAGCCGUUCUGCGAAACGAACACGCCCAUGUUUUGGUCGCUGGUUCGGGAUACGGUGGUGCGCUAGCCACCUGGUUCCGUGUGCGCUAUCCACAUUUAGCCGAUGCGGCGUGGUCUUCCAGUGGAUUCCAUCAUGCCGUUCCUAAUUUCCAGCAGUUUGCUGAGGCCUGGGGACAAACGUUGAUCGAUUUCGGCGGUCAGAGAUGCUACAACGAUAUCUUCGUGGCGUUCCAUGUGAUCGAAAAUUUGCUCGAUAUGGGACUUGCUGAUGUGGUCUCGGAGAGAUUCAACCUCUGCACACCGAUCGAUGUGGAAGACAGUCUACAGGUGCAAUACUUCUUAGCUGGGCUUAUGUCGACGGUUGAACUCUUUACUCUCGUCAAUGGAAAUGUUUCCGAUUUCGCCGUGGUAUGUGACGAGAUCACCAACAGCCAGGCUUCAAGCACGCUGGAUGCUCUCGCCCAAUGGUUUACUAGCAAAGUCUCCAUGGGAGAGGAAUGUAUCAAUUUAGAUAUAGACUUAACAAUUGAUGCACUCAGAGAAGUGGAGUGGAACGCCACCCUCAAUCAGUACGGCAUUCGGCAAACAUUGUAUCAGGAAUGUACCGAAUUUGGAUGGUUCCCAACAACUACGGACUCGGACCACCAGCCAUUCGGCAAUCGUAUCAGCUUGGAUCUCUACACGGAAACGUGCCGUCGGGUGUUUGGGGACUGGAUCACUCACGACUCGCUCGAAUAUUCCACGCAGCGUGCAAACAACCGAUUCGGAGGAAAAUUGCCAGCCAUACAGCAAGCUCACUUCACCUUUGGUGCAGAGGACCCUACCCGUCCGAUCAGCAUCACCCACGAUCUGAACCCGAUGGCUUUGGCUGACGCAAUUCCAGGGGCGAUCCACGCUUCUGAUCUGAGGGCAACUUCAGAUAGCGAUUCCGAGGAACUGAGAGCGACCAAGGAACACAUGAAGCUACUGGUAAGCAAAUAUCUGUUCCCUGUUAGCCCGAGAGUUUCGGUUGAGGAUGCGUAAGCUGACGUGUCUUUCAGAAAUGUUUGUUUAACUCAAUAACAUAGUAUUUUAUAUCA